CAUAUGCAGGUGAGGACUGAGGCAGCAGGUGAGCCCCGUGAACAAAGAUGGAUCAAAUUUCUCACAAGCAGCUGACGGUGAACGGCAUCAGUAUGCACGUGGCGGAGGCCGGGGAGGCCUCCGCGCCGGCGGUGCUCUUCCUCCACGGCUUUCCCGAGCUCUGGUACUCCUGGCGCCACCAGAUGCUGGACGUCGCCGCCAAGGGCUACCGCGCCAUCGCCCCCGAUCUCCGCGGCUACGGCGACACCGACUCUCCGCCGCCGUCUGCCGGCUACACUUUCCUCCACAUCGUCGCCGAUCUGGUGGCGCUUCUCGACGCGCUCGGCCUCGAGCAGGUGUUCCUCGUCGGCCACGACUGGGGCGCCAUCAUCGCCUGGUGGUUCUGCUUGCUCCGCCCCGAUCGAAUUAAGGCUCUCGUUAAUACCAGCGUCAUUUUUCAGCCUAGAAACCCUAAUGUCAAGACUAUCCAGGGCUACAGAGACGCGUUUGGUGAUGCGUUUUACAUGUGCAGGUUUCAGGAAGAAGGAAAAGCAGAGGCUGCAUUCGCAUCGGUAGACACUAAAACCGUGAUGGCCGCAUUUAUGACAACGAGAGAUCCGAAGCCUCCAUGCAUUCCGGUGGAGCUAGGGCUCGACGUUCUGUUCAAGGGACCAGCAGUGGAAUUACCGCCAUGGAUAUCUCCGGAAGAUAUCAGCUAUUAUGCAGCUAAAUUCGACAAAACUGGCUUCACCGGAGGGUUGAACUACUAUCGCCAAAUGGAUUUGAGCUGGGAGCUGACAGCGCCGUGGACCGGAGCUCAGAUCAAAGUGCCGGUGAAGUUUGUGAUUGGUGAUCUGGACUUAACCUAUAGUUUUCCUGGUGUGGAGGAGUUCAUUAAUGGUGGAUUCAAGAAAUAUGUUCCACUUUUGGAGGAGAUUGUUGUGAUGAAAGGAGUUGGCCACUUUCUUAAUGAAGAAAGCCCUCAUGAGCUCAGCCAACACAUACUCACUUUUAUCAACAAAUUUUAGUUACACUUAAUUUUCAUCUUUUCAAUAAGCAGUAUCGUUCAAUUAUCGUUUCUUCUUAUAUGAAUGGAUUCAGUCUUCACAAGAUUGUUUUGUUGGGAAUUUAGUGAUUAUGAAUAUAGACCCUAAUACAAAUAUGAUGUACUCCUCGUGAUUGUCAUUAAUUGUCUAAAUUUUCGUUCGUUCA